AUGGCCUCCGCAGCGUACUACACCUACAUUCAAUGUCCCUGUUCCUCCGCCUCCUCCUCAAGGCCCAUCGAUGCCACUUCCCCAGCAGCGCCGGGAGCUCAUGAGGACGAGUACGAAGACGACGAUCGCACUUUCGACCCUCGUGCCCCUCGCUCGAACUAUAGCCUCUACCCGCUAGAGCACCUAAUGUACUGCGAGGACUGCCAACAGAUCCGCUGUCAGCGCUGCGUCAACGAGGAGAUUGUCACAUAUUAUUGCCCGAGUUGCUUAUUUGAAGUGCCGAGCAGUAACAUUAAGAGCGAAGGCAAUCGGUGCACGCGCAGUUGCUUCCAAUGCCCCAUCUGUAUCGGAUCCCCCCUCGCCAUCACGAGUAUCGACAAACCUCCCGACCCGACCCUUCUCGCCCCCGAAGGCCUCCCCACCCCUACCACCUCCCAAUACGUCCUCACCUGCACAUACUGCAACUGGUCCUCCUCCGAGAUUGACAUCAAGUUCGACAAGCCCAGCGGCCUAUACUCCCAGCUCGUCAAAGUCCGCAACGGCGGGCAGCCCAAGCUCACGGCACGAGAUUACCGUGAGCGGCGUAAAGAGGAUCGCAGUGCGCCGCCGCUCCCGGACGCGGAGCUAGACGUGGACCUCCAGUUCGCGCAUCUCAAGGCGUUUUAUCAGGGCCAGCUCGCGGAUAUUAAUGCUUCUGCAACAGGUGGGCUCUCCGCGCUCGGCGACCUUGGUUUCUCCUCGCCAGGGACUCUCUCGCGGAUAAUGAGUCUCUACACUGGCGGUAGCCUCGGUGGGAAGCGGAAUUUGGGCAAAUCGGCUGUUAUGCGGGAAGCUAGCACUACGGAUGACGGGCUGAAAUUGGCUCAGUUGGACGAGUCUGCGGUGGUGGAAAAGCUCCUCAAUGGAUCGUGGUACGACACCGUGUCCACUGAGCAGCGUGACGCCCAACCGGCGUACACCGCACCGUUAGCUUCCCUAGACGACCUGCGCCCAAUACCAACCCUAUUGAGAACUAAGCGUUCAAAGCGGUGUCCUGUCUGUCGACACAUUAUCACGAAGCCCGAUGCCAAGGUCACGAGCACGCGGUAUCGCAUCCGGCUCGUGGCGUCCCAUUAUGUGCCUACUAUUACUAUUCGACCCCUCACUUCGCCGUCUCAAGCACCUGGUACACCCAAAGUAGCUACACCUUCCCCACGUACCUCUACCCUGACACACGUUCAACAGCCACAACUUCUUCGACCGGGGCAACCCGCCCAAUUCAUACUCACUUUUAAGAACCCCAUAUUCGAGGAGGUCAAAGUCACUCUCGGCACGCCUCCCCGCACGCCGGGCCGCUUCCCUUCUAAAGUCACCGUCUUAUGUCCACAGUUCACGAUUGGUGCGAACACAGACAUGUGGGACGACGCCCUCAAGGACGAGUACAAGGAUCCCAGCAAGCGACAUACCGUUGCUGGCUCCACAGCUACGGAUGAUGGUUCGGGCCAAGGUGUUGCAGGCAAGGUAUGGGAGCGAGGUAGGAAUUGGGUUAGCAUCGUCGUCGAGGUGAUCCCUGCAUCUUUGAGACUGGACGGGUUGAGGUGGGCGAAGAGCGAGGGUGAGGAUGUUGACGACGGCCCACUCCGGGAAGACGAAGACGCGCUUGAGAUUCCGAUGUUUGUGCGUGUUGAAUGGGAGGCCGAGCCCCAGGAGGUGGGGAGCGCGCCGGGCAGGGACAAAAAUGUGAAGGAGAAGAGGGAGCUGGCGUACUGGAGUGUACUGGGGGUUGGAAAAAUUAUGCAAGAGUAG